UUUCCUGAGUUGCACCGACACCCACGUGGAGCCCGGCACUAGCUCCUCCCCCAUCGGCUCCAUCCUACUCCUCCACCUUCUCACCUCUUCCUCCCUCCUCUUCCAUGUUGCUCAGUGCUCGGGACAGGAUGCGGGAAUAUCUUCCAGCAGCCAGCGCCAGCCAGGGCUGAACUUUCCAGAGCUCCUUUCCUCCGCCGAGAAGCGAGUCAGGGCGAAGCUCUCUGCACUAAAGCAGCGGCUCUUCCUUAGCAACUGAGGAGGAUGAGCGGCGGUGGGACGACCUACCUGUGUGUGCUUUUCACCUCGCUGGAGAGACAGGCGGAGGAAAACAGUGGGCAGGAGGAAUCAGGGGAGGGGACGCCGCGCGGCGACCAGGCAUAGAGCGCGGAGGGAAGAUUUCACGCUCCAUCAGGAGAUCUUGGACGACUCCGGCUCAGCACCAUGGACCCGCCCAACGUCACUCUUGGCAACGGCUCGCAGGUCCCCGUGUCUCCUCACAGCCUGUGGGAGGUCAUGGCCAUCGCCACGGCCUCGGCCCUCGUCAGCCUGGUCACGGUGGUCGGCAACGUCCUGGUCAUGCUGUCCUUCAAAGUCAACAGCCAGCUGAAGACUGUCAACAACUACUACCUGCUGAGCUUGGCGUUUGCCGACCUCAUCAUCGGCGUGCUGUCCAUGAACCUGUACACCAGCUACAUCCUGAUGGGCUACUGGUCCCUGGGCAGCCUGGCGUGCGACCUGUGGCUGGCCGUGGACUACGUGGCCAGCAACGCCUCCGUCAUGAACUUGCUGGUCAUCAGCUUCGACCGCUACUUCUCCAUCACCAGGCCGCUGACCUACAGAGCCAAGCGAACUCCCAAGAGAGCCGCCGUCAUGAUCGGCCUGGCCUGGCUGGUGUCCCUGGUGCUGUGGGCGCCGCCCAUCCUCUGCUGGCACUACUUUGUGGGAGAGAAGAAGGGCUCCGUGCACGAGUGCGAGAUCCAGUUUCUGACGGAGCCUGUCAUCACGUUCGGGACGGCCAUCGCCGCCUUCUACAUCCCGGUCUCCGUCAUGACCAUCCUCUACUGCCGGAUCUACAAGGAGACGCAGAGGCGGAGCCAGGACCUGGCGGAGCUGCAAGGACUCUCCAGGGGCCCCGCCCCCGAGGGCAAGAAAGCCCGAGGGCCGCUCCUGCGCUCCUGCUUCCACUUCACCAGGGAGCGGCGAGAGCCCAGCCAGGCCUCCUGGUCCUCCUCCAACCAGAGCAACGUCACCAAGAGCACCAGCAGGUCCCACCACAUCACCUCCUUCAACAGCUACACCUCCUCCGACGAGGACGAGCGCCACGUCUCCGCGGAAACGCCGCAGGGCUCCUUCAAAGAUCAGGCGGCCGGCAGCAGGAACGGUCAGGCCGCCGACCCGGACCGCUCCACUCCGCCCAGAGGCAAGAAGUGCGUGGCGUACAAGUUCAGAGCCGAGUCCCAGGGCAAGAACGGCGGCGCGCCUCCUGAGGGCGAGCCCUCCUCCAAGCCCCCGGAGCAGGCCCUGAAGAGCCACAUCACCAAGAGGAAGCGGAUGGUGCUGGUGAAGGAGAAGAAGGCGGCGCAGACGCUCAGCGCCAUCCUGCUGGCCUUCAUCCUCACCUGGACGCCGUACAACAUCAUGGUGCUGGUCUCCACCUUCUGCGCCACCUGCAUCCCCAAGUGGCUGUGGCACCUGGGCUACUGGCUCUGCUACGUCAACAGCACCGUCAACCCCAUGUGCUACGCCCUGUGCAACAAGACCUUCCAGAAGACCUUCCGCAUGCUGCUGCUGUGCCAGUGGAGGAGGAGGAGGAGAGGCCAGGACCCCAACAACAAGAUGACCUGAGCGCCGCCCGGGCCACCUCCACCUGUGGGGAUCAGCACGAGCAUGUCGUCCUUGUUGUGCUCGUGUUUCGCUACGUGUCGCCCACGAUGUCUGCUGCUUGAACACAAACCGCGUGGACGCCUCAGGGAGGCGGAGCUGUGGGACGCGCGCCGGACCACUUCAUCCCACGCUCAGCAGCUGUGACUCCUGUGUCGCAAACCGUCCCAAACUCACUGCUGGUCGAGGAGCGGGACAGUGGGAGGAAAUCAGAGUGAUGAUGACGUUGAUGGCGCAAUUUGUGAGCGAAAGCCUGUGAACACAGUUGAAAUUCUCCCUUCUGUCACGCGGUGCGGUGAGGUGACCUCUGACCCGGAAAUGUUCAUGACGGAACACGUCACUGUGUGUAACGCUCUAGCAUUGGACACAAGUCCCGCCCACCCAACACGCGUCCGCAGCACUGCCGACUCUCAAAAUCUAUAAAGUCGCUGACUGAGUGACCGGGACUCGGUCGGACAGAUCCGGGCCUCAAAGCGGACUCUCCCCACGCAGCGUCUCGUUCUCCCGCGGAGGUGGGCGGAGCCAGGUCCAGAGGUCAGAGCAGCAACGUCGUCGCGAUGAGCGCCUCGCUGCGUCAUGGAGAGGAGGACGUCCACGUGCGUCCUCCCUCGCCUGCACCUCUGAACCGUCCUCCUGGAGCCACUCGGGUGUUUCGCCACUGAUUCCUUACCCUGUGAACAAGGCCACGCUGCGUCCUUCGCAUUUACCGCAGCGUCAACAGGAAAUUGAAAUUCCAAACACCACAGCCACGUCUUAUCCGCAAAAGCAUCAUCCUCCUC